AUGAAGUCAAUUUCCGUAAUUUGUGAUGGAACGAGAGAUAUUUCAGGGGUUGAGCAAGAAAGCAUUUGCAUAAGGUGGAUAGAUGACAAUUUAAAACCACAAGAAACAUUUAUAGGAUUUUAUAAGACCCCGGCAACAACUGGAGAAGACAUUGCAUCACUAAUAACGGAUGUCCUAUUGAAACUUCAACUUCCCUUAGAAGGAUUGAGAGGGCAAACCUAUGACGGAGCAGCAAAUAUGAGAGGAAAUAAAAAGGAUGUCCAAAGCAUCUUAAUCGCAAAACAACCUCUUGCUGAUUAUAUUCACUGCGGUGCCCAUUGUUGCAAUUUAAUUAUGAAAAAUGUUUGUGAUUCUUCCAAAGAAGUUGUGCCCUACGCGAUGGAUUUACAGGCAUUCUCAAAUCAACGAAGCUCUUAA